AUGAUAUGCCUCUACUCGCGUCUGAUUCAAAUCAGCCGACGGCAUGAGAGACGCGCCCGAGCAAACGACCCUUAUGGAGCAAACAACAUCCAGGACAACAAAGCUCUGAAGGUCUUUCUUCUAGUCACCUUGACGUUCGCUGGUUGCCACACGCCAUUUUUCGUCUGGAAGACGGUGGAGGGUAUCACAGGGAACGCUAUCCCACAUUGGCUGGAGUUCGCCUUUGCCUGGUUGCCUGUGUCCAAUAGUGCCUUCAAUGUGUUCAUCUACUGUCUAUUCCAUCGGGUUUAUCGUGAAACAGCGAAGAAAAUCCUCGCGGAGAGAUUUCCUUGCUUUAAGGGCUCUGUUGCACCAGUCAAUAUCUGA